UUAUACAUCAAUAAAUACAAUGUUUCUUUUUAUUUUUUAUCAAACAGGUGAAAUAUAUCUUAAAGUUAAUUAAAAAUGAAGAGGAUUUUAAUAACAUUGUGUCUGGUGGCUGUUAAAUUGGAGCUCACCAAUUCCCAGAACAUGAACCGAAUCCAGCCCAACAUGUUGUUCAACCGGCACAUACCAGAAAAGAUAAUAGAAGCGCCUAGAAACUUCAUAUCUCAACCCUUAAACAUUCCCUACACAAUAGACUAUAACCCUAUAUCCCCUGUUCCCCCAAAAAUAAUACCAACCCCAAGUACAACUAUAGUAACAGAUUGCACACCAUCUGUUUGCAAAAACCUAGCCAAUACAUUACAAUUGAUGAUCGUAUGUAAUUUGCUACAGAACCACAAAGGUGGUCCUGAUCUAGCGUUGCAACUAGCUUCACCGUUCUUAAAUGAAGCUAUUUCAUCACCCACUUUUUCAUGUGGAUGUUCUAAUCCAUUAUUUUCUAAUUCUCCAUCUUUAUCACCAGUUAUUACAUCUACGUCAUAUCCUAAUGUAAUUGGUCAACAGAGUGUAGUAACUGGCUAUAGUAAUACAUUAUCAUCACCUAAUUCAUGUCCUAAAUCAGGAUUGCUUAAUUUAUUGAGUAUGUUCAGUAAUUAAUUUAUG